AUGGAAACAGAAUCACUACUUCCCAACCCAACCAAUGUUCGUGGCAUUAAACAAUACUUGAGAAGAAGGCACUACAAGUAUCUCGAAGGAAGUGGAAAGAAAUUGAAAAUCAUAAGGUUAAAAAGGAGCACACAUAAGUUUUGGAGAAUCAGAACAAUCCCAAAGCUGAGAUGGGUGAUUAAAUCACCUUUGAAAAUGUUGACAAAUUUUAAGAAAGCUUAUAUGAAUUUUAUGUUAAAAUCUUUGAGCACUGAUGCCAUCUUUGGUGGGAAACAGAUUCCAAAGGCUUCUCAAGUUUCUGAGGAUUAUGCUAGUGAUGUGUUUCAGGCUAUGCUCAUAUAUGAGAUUUCCAAGGCCUUGAUUGCUUCUCAUAAACUAUUUCCCAUGUAA